GAAAGGUUGAAACUCGCAGACAUACUUAAACGCGGGAGUCACUCACGGUGGGAUGGUGUGGCAACGCAGGAGUGACGCGGCGCAGCCAGGUGGCUGCCUUUCGUGGAUGAGUGUGUAACCCGAGACAUGCCUGGAAGAAGGUAUCGCUGCAAAAAUCAUUGUAUAGUUUGAGUACUAAGGAUCAACAACUCCGAGAGAAUUAGAAGCCCGAACUUGGAAAAUGACACGGCUGACCCAAUUCACGAUUACACUGGUUUGUGUGUUCUUAACAGGAGCUCAAACAGAUGUAGUAAAAACAGGAAGAGGAUUCAUAGGGAUCAAGGAUGGCCAGAGCGAAGGUAGUGUCAACGUGGGUAGUGCUGCAGCAGAAACACUCAAGAGCCCUUUGACCACCGUCUUCCUCCCCAUCGUCUACAUCAUUGUGUUCGCUGUGGGUUUACCCACCAACGCCAUGGCCAUUUGGGUCUUUCUCUUCAGGACCAAGAAGAAGUACCCCUCUGCCAUAUACAUGGCCAACCUGGCACUCUCUGACCUGCUCUUCGUCAUCUGGAUCCCCCUGAAAAUUGCCUACCACUUCAACGGGAAUGACUGGAUCUAUGGGGAGGGGCUGUGCAAAGUACUGGUGGGGUUUUUCUACGCUAACAUGUACUGCUCCAUCCUCUUUAUCACCUGUCUCAGUGUACAGCGAUACUGGGUCAUUGCCCACCCACUCUCCCAGCAGAGGAAGAACAACCAGGUUGCCAUUGGUAUUUCUCUUGCCAUAUGGGUCUUCAUCUGGCUGAGCACAGCCCCAUUGUACCUUUACAACCAAACAGUCAAGGUUAGCAACCUGGGCAUCACCACCUGCCAUGAUAUCAAUGCCAUCGGUGACAUCCAGAACCCCUUCCACGACAUCAAGUACCCGUUCUCCUACUUCAUCCUCAUGGGCGUCUUUGUGUUCUUCGUCCCUUGCGUAGUGACCGUCAUAGCCUACGUCGGUCUCCUCAGGACCCUCGGCGACUCCAUGUCCAACGAGGGCGUCGGCAAGAAGCGCCGAAAGGCCGUGAUCCUGACGGUCACCGUCCUUGUCACCUUCCUGGUGUGCUUCGUCCCCAGCAACAUCAUGCUCAUUGUCCACUACAUCCUCCUGAAAGACGGGGUCGUGAACAAUGGCUAUGGCUUCUACAUCACCACGCUCUGCCUGGCCAGCCUCAACAGCUGCCUGGACCCUUUCCUUUACUACUAUGUGUCAGAGGACUUCAGAGACCAUGUGAAGAACACUCUGCUCUGCCGGAGCAGCAGGACUGUGGAGAGGAUGAGGGUCUCCUUCAGCUCUAUGAAAUAUUCCAAGAAGGCAAACAUCUACACCUCUGACACCAGCAACACCCAGACCAGCACCUGCUGAUUAGAGAGUGACAAAGGGUGAGGAGGUGUCUCCCUCUUAAUGUGACUGUAAAGCACUGAAUAACACCUCAUGAACUAAGAACAUUGAUCCAUUUUCAUUUUGAAAUUUCAAAUGCAUUGCAAAGUAGCAGGCUGCCACGUGGAACUAAAACACCUCUAAGCAUAUUGAAAAAUAUACAAGAGGUGAACUGUAUGUAUUGUGUGUCUACUAACAUGUCCUGUUUGAUACAGCGCCCUAAGUUAAAUCACUGACUUGUGAUUUUGUGAAUGGACUUACAAUGUCAUUGAUGCUGCUGAAAGUUUCUCUCACAGGGCCUCUCUGUUUCAGAAAUGAUACAACACAGAACAUUAAGUGGUACUUGCUGUACACCUUUACACCUACAAUAAAUAUAAAUGGUAGGACAUGUACCAUAAUAAUCUAGACAGUAAGGUGUAAAAAUGUAAAGUAUUACUGAAUAUAUAUUUUCAUCUGUUUAGGUCAGUCCUGACCUUUAUUUUAAUUAUCCAUUUUUGUAUAAUAAAAUAUGCAAUGACUUUCCAACCAUGACUAUUAUGGAACAGGUGGUCAAAUGAACAAUUAAUCAAUCGCUGUUUUCAAACGGGAAUGCAUAAGGUCUCCAUAACACCUGCACACCAUGAUAUAAACAAAUUAACAUUCAUUACCACUCAUACUGUUAAGGCUUCAUAGAUGUUUAGUAUGUCGCUUCAUGUCAAAUGCAACAAGUGUCAGUUGGAAUUAACAGUCAUGAUAUGGUAUGACAUUAACAAUGUCAAACUGACACCCAUGCAAAAUUACACUUACAACACUGCUCCAAUUUUUAAACCAGGGUUUUGACAUUUCAAUGACAAGCACCCCACAUAGUAGUCUCUGUACAUGUUUUUUUAUACAUUU